AAGGAAGCGGAAGUAAAGGGGCGGCCGGCAGCUUGGCUGUAGCUCUACGAGUCCGGCUCCUGAGCCGAACCGCGGGAAAGGCGCGUGUCGGCCUCUCACUGGUGCAGCCCUGGCCGCGGCUGCCGCUGCCGUCCCGCCCCGCCCAGGUGUUGUCGCAGACGCUGCAGGGGAAGAAGCGCCGCCCGGGAUGGGCUGCGAGGGGGCCGCGGGCGGCACGUGUGUCGCGGUUGCGCGGCGGGUGACAGGGGCUUGCUAUAAAAUGGGACUCCUGAUUGUGCUUACUGGACUGUGGUUGUUCUCUGCAGUAAAGGCAGAUUCAAAAGCCGUUACGACCUCUCUGACCACAAAGUGGUUUUCCACCCCAUUGUUGUUAGAAGCCAGUGAGUUUUUAGCAGAAGACAGUCAAGAGAAAUUUUGGAAUUUUGUAGAAGCCAGUCAAAAUAUUCGAUCAUCAGAUCAUCACGGUACUGAUUAUUCCUAUUAUCAGGCAGUAUUGGAAGCUGCAUUUCAAUUUCUGUCACCUCUUCAGCAGAAUUUGUUGAAAUUUUGUCUAUCUCUGCGUUCUUACUCAGCCACAAUUCAAGCCUUCCAACAGAUAGCAGCUGAUGAGCUUCCAUCAGAAGGAUGUAGUUCCUUUUUUUCAGUGCAAGGAAAGAAGACUUGUGAUUUCGAUGCCCUUGAGACUCUUCUACUAACAGCGUCUGAAAGACCCAAACCUUUGUUGUUCAAAGGAGAUCACAGAUAUCCCUCAUCAAAUCCUGAAAGCCCUGUGGUGAUUUUCUACUCUGAGAUUGGCUCUGAGGAAUUUUCCAAUUUCCAUCACCAACUUAUAUCGAAAAGCAAUGCGGGCGAAAUCAAUUAUGUAUUGAGACAUUAUGUGUCUAAUCCCAAGAAAGAACCUGUUUAUCUCUCCGGCUAUGGUGUGGAAUUGGCCAUUAAGAGCACUGAGUACAAAGCCAAGGACGAUACUCAGGUGAAAGGAACUGAGGUAAACACCACAGUGAUUGGUGAAAAUGACCCUAUUGAUGAAGUUCAGGGGUUCCUGUUUGGAAAAUUAAGAGAUCUACAUCCCGACCUGUCAGGGCAGUUGAAAGAACUCAGAAAGCAUCUUGUGGAGAGCACCAAUGAAAUGGCCCCUUUAAAAGUUUGGCAGUUGCAAGAUCUGAGUUUCCAGACUGCUGCCCGAAUCUUGGCUGCUCCUGUUGAGUUAGCUUUGGUGGUUAUGAAGGAUCUUAGUCAAAAUUUUCCUACCAAAGCCAGAGCAAUAACGAAAACAGCUGUGAGUCCAGAACUUAGAGCCGAAGUGGAAGAGAAUCAGAAGUAUUUCAAGGGAACUUUAGGAUUACAUCCUGGCGACUCAGCUAUUUUCAUCAAUGGACUUCAUAUUGAUUUAGAUACGCAGGAUAUAUUCAGUCUUUUUGAUACAUUGAGGAAUGAAGCUCGAGUAAUGGAGGGUCUGCAUAGGCUGGGAAUAGAAGGGCUUUCUCUCCAUAACAUCUUGAAACUGAACAUCCAGCCAUCCGAGUCUGACUAUGCAGUAGACAUCAGGAAUCCUGCUGUUGCCUGGGUCAACAACUUGGAGGUUGAUAGCAGAUACAGUUCGUGGCCUUCUAAUCUGCAAGAGUUGCUUCGACCCACUUUUCCUGGUGUUAUCCGGCAGAUCAGGAAGAACUUGCAUAACAUGGUUUUCAUGGUUGAUCCUGCACAUGAGACCACAUCAGAGUUGAUUAACACAGCUGAGAUGUUCCUCAGUAAUCAUAUACCUCUAAGAAUUGGUUUUAUCUUUGUGGUUAAUGACUCUGAAGAUGUUGAUGGGAUGCAAGAUGCCGGAGUGGCUGUUCUGAGAGCAUAUAACUAUGUUGCACAAGAAGUGGAUCAUUACCAUGCCUUCCAAACUCUGACACAUAUCUAUAACAAGGUGCGGACUGGAGAAAAAGUGAAAGUUGAACAUGUGGUCAGUGUCCUGGAGAAGAAAUAUCCAUAUGUAGAAGUGAACAGCAUUUUAGGAAUUGAUUCUGCUUACGAUCAGAGUCGGAAGGAAGCAAGAGGCUACUAUGAGCAGACUGGAGUCGGUCCGCUGCCUGUUGUUCUUUUCAAUGGGAUGCCCUUCGAAAGGGAGCAGCUCGAUCCUGAUGAGUUAGAAACCAUCACAAUGCACAAAAUCCUGGAGACCACAAACUUCUUCCAAAGAGCGGUAUACUUGGGUGAACUGUCCCACGAUCAAGAUGUGGUAGAAUAUAUCAUGAAUCAGCCAAAUGUUGUUCCUCGAAUCAAUUCUAGGAUUUUGACAGCUCAGCGAGUGUACCUGGAUUUAACAGCAAGUAAUAACUUCUUUGUGGAUGAUUAUGCUAGAUUUACAGUCUUGGAUUCCCAAGGAAAGAGUGCUGCAAUAGCCAAUAGUAUGAACUAUCUGACAAAGAAAGGAAUGUCCUCCAAGGAAAUUUAUGAUGAGUCUUUUAUUAGGCCAGUGACUUUCUGGGUUGUUGGGGAUUUUGAUAGCUCCUCUGGACGGCAAUUACUGUAUGAUGCUAUUAAACAUCAGAAAUCCAGUAACAAUGUAAGGAUAAGCAUGAUCAAUAAUCCAAGUGCAGAGAUAACUUAUAAGGACACUCAGAUCUCCAGAGCAAUCUGGGCAGCCCUCCAAACGCAGACCUCCAAUGUGGCCAAGAACUUCAUCACCAAAAUGGCCAAGCAAGAGACUGCAGAGGCUCUGGCCGCUGGAGCUGAUAUCAAGGAGUUCUCCGUUGGGGGCAUGGAUUUCGGUCUUUUCAAAGAGGUCUUUGAGUCUUCCAAGCUGGAUUUCAUUUUGUCUCAUGCCAUAUAUUGCAAGGAUGUUCUGAAGCUGAAGAAGGGACAGAGGGCGGUGAUCAGCAAUGGCAGGAUCAUUGGGCCACUGGAAGAUAAUGAGCUCUUUAAUCAGGAUGAUUUUCACCUCCUAGAAAAUAUCAUCUUAAAAACUUCAGGACAAAAGAUAAAAUCACACAUUCAACAGCUUCGAGUAGAAGAAGAUGUGGCAAGUGACUUGGUGAUGAAGGUGGAUGCACUCCUGUCUGCUCAACCAAAAGGAGAAGCAAGAAUCGAGUACCAGUUUUUUGAAGAAAAACACAGUGCCAUUAAACUGAAACCGAAGGAAGGGGAGACGUACUUUGAUGUCCUGGCUGUCAUUGACCCUGUCACCCGAGAAGCACAGAGGCUCACCCCCUUGCUCUUGGUUUUGGCUCAGCUGUUAAACGUGAAUCUACGAGUGUUUAUGAACUGCCAAUCUAAACUCUCCGACAUGCCUUUAAAAAGCUUUUACCGUUAUGUCUUAGAACCAGAGAUUUCUUUCAGUGCAGACAACAGCUUUGCUAAAGGUCCAAUAGCAAAAUUUUUGGAUAUGCCACAGUCACCACUAUUCACUCUGAAUCUGAACACCCCUGAGAGUUGGAUGGUAGAAUCUGUCAGAACACCCUACGAUCUUGAUAAUAUUUAUUUAGAAGAGGUGGACAGCAUAGUGGCUGCUGAGUAUGAGCUGGAAUACCUAUUACUGGAAGGUCAUUGCUAUGACGUCACCACGGGCCAACCCCCACGAGGACUGCAGUUUACAUUAGGAACCUCAACCAAUCCUGUCAUCGUGGAUACCAUUGUCAUGGCCAAUCUGGGCUAUUUCCAGCUAAAAGCCAACCCAGGAGCUUGGAUUCUCAGACUUAGGAAGGGUCGCUCUGAGGAUAUUUAUAGGAUCUACAGCCACGAUGGUACUGAUUCCCCUCCUGAUGCCGAUGAGGUUGUCGUCAUCCUCAACAACUUCAAAAGCAAAAUUAUUAAAGUCAAGGUUCAGAAGAAGGCAGACAUGGUGAACGAAGACCUGCUGAGUGAUGGGACGAAUGAGAAUGAGUCUGGAUUUUGGGACUCCUUCAAAUGGGGCUUCACGGGAGGACAGAAGACUGAGGAUGCAAAACAAGAUAAAGAUGACAUAAUUAAUAUUUUCUCUGUCGCGUCUGGUCAUCUCUAUGAAAGAUUUCUUCGCAUAAUGAUGCUAUCAGUGCUGAAGAACACCAAGACUCCUGUGAAGUUCUGGUUCUUGAAGAAUUAUCUAUCCCCUACAUUUAAGGAGUUUAUACCUUACAUGGCAAACAAAUACAAUUUCCAGUAUGAGCUUGUUCAGUACAAAUGGCCGCGGUGGCUUCAUCAGCAGACUGAGAAACAGCGCAUCAUCUGGGGUUACAAGAUCCUCUUCCUGGAUGUACUUUUCCCAUUAGUUGUUGACAAAUUCCUGUUUGUGGAUGCUGAUCAGAUUGUACGGACAGAUCUGAAAGAGUUAAGAGAUUUCAAUUUGGACGGUGCCCCAUAUGGUUAUACUCCUUUCUGUGACAGCCGAAGAGAAAUGGAUGGCUACAGGUUCUGGAAGUCGGGGUACUGGGCCAGUCAUUUAGCUGGGCGAAAGUAUCACAUCAGUGCACUGUAUGUCGUGGAUCUGAAGAAGUUUAGGAAAAUAGCUGCUGGGGACAGACUCAGGGGACAGUACCAAGGGCUGAGUCAGGAUCCUAACAGCCUUUCAAAUCUUGAUCAAGAUUUGCCGAAUAACAUGAUCCAUCAGGUGCCAAUUAAAUCUCUCCCUCAAGAAUGGCUUUGGUGUGAAACGUGGUGUGACGACGCCUCUAAGAAAAGGGCAAAAACCAUCGAUCUGUGCAAUAAUCCAAUGACCAAAGAGCCCAAGCUGCAGGCGGCCGUGCGCAUUGUCCCCGAGUGGCAGGACUAUGAUCAGGAGAUCAAGCAGCUGCAGACCCGGUUUCAGGAGGAGAAGGAUGCCGGGACGCUGUACAGGGAGGAGACGCGAGAACAGCACCAAGAAGGACUUCAGAAUCGGGAAGAAUUAUGAUAUCCGGAGGAGAAUAGGAAACGAUACCAUUUGAAAAACAGAUUUUAUACUAAAUGCUAGUUUUCUGAUCUGUCUAUACAACUGCUGAUAAACUGGCGGGCGGUUGAGCCACACCUUUUGAUUCUGAACUUCUGAUUCUGACUUCUGCACACCAGUGGGCGCCUGGUCCUGGGUGGAAGCUCUGUUGGAUUUGUACCUGGAGGAAGGCAAGUGGCUGAUCCCGGGGGCUCUGCAGAGAGCAGUCCUCCGGCUGGAGAAAGGAGUGGCAGCAGCCGCUGGAAGAGCGCGAGUCGCCUCUGUGCCGACACCGCGAGCACACACCUGCUGCACUGUCCUGGGAAGCAGAGCCGCCGCGUUCCUCCUUACCUCAGUUUACCUGCCGCCUAGCUGCGCUGCGCUGCCCACCCUGCUCCGGGUCAAGCCAGCAGAAGCUCCGUCCAAGGCCCGUGUGCCUCGAGGGUAACACCAGUAUGCCCUUGUGCCCGAACAUCAGGACUGUUGUUUUGUCAAAACCCAACCAACAAUCACGUGUCUUCAGGGUUGGCUCAGUGCCGUUGCUAAGCAAAUUAAUUCUGGACAGGAUGGGGUGGGUUGGGUGAGGAUAGGGAAGAUAUCAGGAAUAGGAGGGCUCUGGGAAGUCUGGGGUCCUGGGGGGCGGGCACAGAGGAAGACCAGAAAUUGGCCAUUCUCUUUUUUUUUAAAUCAUCGUUACCAUCAUGCUAGACGGGCAUUUGAAAUGAAAAACUAUUAAUUGUUCUCCACCCAGUCCUAAUGAACUUUCUAGGUGAUUGUUUUGUAAACAAUUUUUGUAUUUGUGGAAGUCUGCUUUUUCUUCUCACUUCGUAAGAACACGUCUGCUCUCACUCGGUUUCCUUACUGGAUACAGCCAUACUGAGCCCCUGGAGCGAUCCCCUCCGCUCCCCGAGGGGUGCGCACAUGGCCUGCUCUGUCCCAUGUGGGUUUUCUCUACAGAGUACUGCCAGGUCCCGGAGCAGGAGAGAUGCUGCCCAUGGCCUCGUGUUUCUCUGGACACUGUCCUCUGUUCCUUCCCCCACCCCAGUUCCGUGGAUUACUUUUGGCCUGCAGCAACUGCCCACCCCAGUUCUGACUUCAGUCAGCUGCACUGUGAAGCCCGGCAGCCCUUGGGCCAUUCCUUGGUGCAUCUUCAUGUGAGCAGCACAGCGCUGCCCCUGGGGGGCCGCCUUUUCCAGAGAGGGGGCGGUGGUGUCCCUGGGGGAGGCCCCAGUGCCCCGGCCCCGGCCCUGCCCAGGCUGCCGGGGUGCAGCAGCACAAGCACGGGUGGGCACUGAGCUUGCCUUUCAGUGCCACGCGGGCGGUUUUGGUUUUGUUUUUUUUUUUUAAUGUUUUACCUGCGUUUUACAAAUGCAAGGAGUGAGCGCACAUAGACAGCUGAGUCCUCACCUUCUUAGCCAGUCACUACACUGGUGUGCAGUCUUAUCACAAAUAUCAAGUAAUUUAUUUUUCCCCUUUGGAAAUGUAAAGGUUGGUUGAGGAGCCUCCCGGUAGGUCUGCAGGAGCGUUUGACUUAGUUUUUAUAAGUCCAUUAGCUACUGGGAAGGGCUGAGCUCAAAGAAGGGUCAAGCAGGUAGCUUGAUCUAAGACGGAAAAGCUGCCCCCACGUGGCUGCUGGGCACAAGGGCUGGAGCACGGUGACCCCUGCCUGCCCCUGACCUAAAAGGGCUAGGAUCGGCAAAAUUAAAGACGCUUGUCCCAGCGGCACCCGCACGCUGCAGCGGGUGUGAGAGAGCAUGCUGCCGCUGUGUCCGGGGCUGUUUCCCCGCUCGCCGUCUGGGAGAUGAACAGGGACUUGCAAGUCCCAGGGAUGUGCUUCUGAAGCGCCAGCUUCUGCGGGGCACGGAGCCGACCGCCUUGCUCUGCGUCCCUCCAAGGCUCCUUGCGUAUUCUUCAUAAGAAGGUGCAGUCAGCCACGUUGCCCACGUAAGGUGCUGCCCUGGUCACUCCCUGCCCUGGCUGUCACCACCCUGACAGGUACCGAGGGACCGGCUGGCUUCCAGGGUGGUCAAGGCCGUCCUCCCCCUCCCCAGGCAUCCUUUCUUGUUUCAUGGGAUGUGAUGGCCUUUCAGAAUGUCCUUGGAGGUGCUGCUCUGGCCCCUGCGUGGUGCUGAUCAGCCUUGCCCAGCGCCUAUAUACUAGAAGAAAGUGGGAGUGGGAGGACAGGCAGGGAGGGGCCUUCCCAAGGGGCUGGAGUUGGUUGUGCCGAGUGCUCAAGCUUCCGCAGACUCCACAGGGUGUCGUUCUUAGCCAUCAUUCCAUGGAAUUGAUUUUUCCCCCUCUCUGAGGCUGUAGUGGAAGGUGUUCUCCCUAAAUAAGUGACGGAGAACUGAGAAACCACGUGCCGUGUCUGAGUGACAUGAAAUGGUGUAAUAGCGUGGGCCUGUUUUUGUGUCCCUGAGGGCAGACCCUGUCACAACCCGUUGCUGGGGCCAGGAGGCAUGUGGCCUCCCAGGUUGGGUUUUUGAAGUGUGUACUGGACCCCUUCACCCCGAGAGGCAGGGCACGUUAAUUUUCUGUGGGAUUGAUAAAGUUGUGAAUCCGUUGGAGUGUUGCAUUGCAAAUUGAACCUGCAGAAGUUGGCACAUCUGCACAGGCAUCAUGGUAGGCCCGUGGGUGGCUUGAACGCGACGCUCUGGAAAGCAGAGAUGCCAUCUAUUAGGUCGUAAAGAAGCAGUUCCCCUACAGGGAGCUGGAUUUCUUGUUGCAGCUCUGCCUGACUGAAUAACUCGUAUCUGAUUGCAGGGACUGAAUCCUCCACUCUUCAGAGCACUGAGAGCUAGGGACCGUAGAGCAGGUGUGGAAGGGACAGGUGGUCCUGGGUCCCUGUAGCCAGGAACUGUGGUUCACUUAACGCUAGUUAGGAACAGGCCAGAUAGCAGCGAGCAUAAAACGACCCCUGCACCUGCCAGGAGUCAAGUUGGAUACCUGAAAGCACCCCUUUCCUCAAAUGGCUGUGCCUCAUUUGGUUUGAGUGAGCAAAAAAAAUAAUUCAGAGUUGCACGGGAAUUGUAGUCCACUUUUCUGAAUAGGAUGUUAGCGCGGUAGUGCCAGAUUUCGUGGAAAUGUGAUGUAUCGCUCAAGCCACCUGCUGGACAAAAAUGGAGAAUAAAAACUGGAGCUCCUGCUCUGUGCAGUGACUGAAGGAUCUACUCCACGCUGUGUGAUUUUAAUAAUUCAUUUUUUAAGGACUUGAUUGUGUGGGGGACCCCUUUGUGAGAUGAUGAGAGCUAAUAAACAGAGCUUAUCAUGUG